CAAAGUGUUUCUUCAAUAUUUGUACGGGUACGAGUCCGACUGUAUACCCCUGUAUGUGCGAACGAGUGCAGUCUCUAUGAGAGAGCGUGAGAGUCAUCUGCGUGCUUCGCAGAAGAAGAUAAAUGCGCGACAGGUUUUAAUGCGUAGCCUACACCUGUGUAAGGAGGUCUCUUGUGCACUGCGUCAAGCUAUCAAAUGUUCCGCUUGCUCACUUGUUCUCAUGGAGCGAAACUUUUUCCGGCCUGGAGUUGUUUUGCCUCUUGAAACUUGACGUUACAUACGUGAGGACAUACGUGAGGAUUCACCUGCGAGACACCUGGGCAGACAAACACGAGGAAAUCCCUGAUUGUGCGCAACCGGAUAAUCUCGUGAUCUCAUCGAAAGAACUUCAACCACAAGCGCUUAUCAAGAGACGUCUGAGAACAGCACGAACUAGGCGAUGUUGUUGUGGUUGGUGAUUGUGAUGACGAUGAUGAUGAGAAGGAAGCGAAAGAGGAGAGGUGUUAUGCUUUUGUGUCUGUUGGCCCUAAGCGGGCUUCCCUCUACUCGGGGAGGUUGUGACCAGGGGGCCUGUAAUCCUCGCAUGGGUAACCUUGCUUUGGGUCGUCCGUUGAUGACCCAGACAGUGUGCGGCUACAACACCACCGAAGCCUUUUGCUGGUACGGGGAGAAGAUCGACCCACAUGCGCUAAAACACUCCGCUGCUAACCUGGUCAGCGCCGGCAAAGCUUCGGAAUCCCUUUGCGGCGCGCUGCAGUGUGGCAAAUGCAACGCGGCGCGGCCCCACCAGUCGCACCUGGCGUCCGACAUGAGCGAUUCCUCCUUCCGACAUCCCAACACCUGGUGGCAGUCGGCCGAAGGUGUCGCCACAGAAACAGUCCAGUUGAACCUGGAGACGGAAUUCUAUCUGACCCAUCUGAUUUUGGUGUUCCGCUCUCCGCGUCCGGCCGCGUUGGUUCUGGAACGUUCUUCGGACUACGGGAAGACGUGGACCACCCUGCAGCUGUACGCGCGGGACUGUGAUGGAACGUUUGGGGUGCCUGAGGGAGAUACGUGCACCCAGAAGUAUUCAGCCGGAUACCCUUGUACAAGAGGAGAGGUCAUUUUCCGCGCCCUCUCCCCCUGGCACACCCUGGACCCCUACAGCGAUUCGGCUCGUGCCCGCCUCGCCCUCACCAACCUGCGGGUGCGUCUGCUCCAGCACCAGCCCUGCCCAUGCCAGCUGAAGGAGGCCAGGGGCGCGGGGGGUACCGCCGGUGCUGGGGGCAAAGCUGGGGAGAUGCCUGUGCCAGGGCAGCACUUUGCCAUCUACGACUUCAUCGCCAAGGGCAGCUGCCUGUGCAGUGGGCACGCCGACCAGUGUGUGCCCGCGCCAGGGUACCAGCCGACGCGAGACCGGACCAAUCAUGUGGUUCACGGGAGGUGUGUGUGUCGGCACCACACUGCCGGUGCCCACUGUGAGCGCUGCGCUCCUCUCUAUAACGACCAGCCCUGGCGGCCCGCCAACGGACUCACGGGAACCCCCAACGAGUGCAAGAAGUGUAAGUGCAACGGCCACGCUGAAAGCUGUCGCUUUGACGUGACGGCGUGGCUGAGCUCUGGUCUGCGCUCGGGAGGAGUGUGUGACUGCACACACAACACGGAGGGCCCCAACUGCCAACGCUGCACAGCAGGCUUCUACAGGGACCCCCACAGACCUCAUGCUGCCCCCGACUCCUGCAGACCGUGUGAGUGCGAUCCGAAGGGAACCGUGGCAACCGACGAUGGUGUCGGAGCAUUCUGUGACCAUGGUAACGGCGAGUGUGUGUGCAAGCCCGGUGUGGGCGGGCCGCAGUGUGACAGGUGCAGAGUGGGCUACUGGGGUUUCCAUGACUACGGCUGCAAGCCGUGCAACUGCGCAGGUGACUGCGACCCCUACACCGGAGACUGUGUAGCCCUACCUGAUCUGGAGGUGCCUCAGAGGGAGAACUCCACUGAGCUGUUUCGUACGGAGGAGCUCUUCUCUGCCUUGCGUUCUUCAGAAAAGUGUGUCUGUAAGGAACCAGAUCUGGGAAACAGCAAAAUCUUCUGCACCAUGAAAUAUGACUAUGUUGUGAAAGUGAAGGUGGUGUCGGCUCAUGAUAAGGGCUCCCACGCGGAAGUGCUGGUGAAGCUGAGGAAGGUUCUGUGGCGCAGCUCCGAGCUGAGGCCCAAGGGGGCCUUGUGGGAGAGCUCCGCGCUGAGGCUCGAGCGGGGAACUAUCACGCUCUACCCGGAGUCCUGGACAGCAAGAGGCUGCACCUGCCCUGUCCUCUACCCAGGUGUGGAGUAUUUGGUGGCAGGCCACUCAGACAGGAAGAAGGGUCGUCUCCUGGUCAACAUGAAGAGCUUCGUGAAACGAUGGAGCACCAGCCUCGGACGCAAAGUCCUCCACGUCCUCAAAUAUAGCUGCGCCUAGCAGCAGAGGAGGAGAGGGGACGAGGAGGAAGAGGAGGAGGAGGAGGAAGAGGAGUGAGAGGAA